AUGACAGGAGAGGGAGCAGCAGAGGGAGCAGGACAGGACAGGGAGCAGCAGAGGGAGCAGGACAGGAGAGGAAGUGGCAGAGGGAGCAGGACAGGAGAGGCAGCAGGACAGGAGAGGAAGUGGCAGAGAGAGCAUGACAGGAGAGGGAGCAGCAGAGGGAGCAGGACAGGACAGGGAGCAGCAGAGGGAACAGGACAGGAGAGGGAGCAGCAGAGGGAGCAGGAGAGGAGAGAAAGUGGCAGAGAGAGCAGGACAGAAGAGGGAGCGACAAAGGGAGCAGGACAGGAGAGGAAGUGGCAGAGGGAGUGGCAGAGAGAGCAGGACAGGAGAGGGAGCAGCAGAGGGACCAGGAGAGGAGAGGAAGUGGCAGAGAGAGCAGGACAGGAGAGGGAGCGACAAAGGGAGCAGGAGAGGAAGUGGCAGAGGGAGCAGGACAGGAGAGGGAGCAGCAGAGGGAGCAGGAGAGGAGAGGAAGUGGCAGAGAGAGCAGGACAGGAGAGGGAGCAUGACAGGAGAGGGAGCGACAAAGGGAGCAGGACAGGAGAGGAAGUGGCAGGGAGAGCAGGACAGGAGAGGGAGCAGCAACUCGUUGAUUUGCAAGGAACAAAUCAAUGA